AUGGGAGUCUCCGAAGUUCUCGGCGGACGGGUUCCGCUGUUGCUCUUCGUCCUCUUCGCCAGGGCGGGUGACUGGGCGUCGGAGGCCUCCCACAGGGUGUUCCCCGAGUACCAGGACCACCCGGCGGCGCGGGUAGGCGGCCGGCACCGGACCGGCUUCCACUUCCAGCCCCCCAUGCACUGGAUCAACGGUGAGCCACCCCCGCCGCCGCCUCCUCCUCCUCCUCCUCUUCCGCCGCCUUCCGACGAGAAGACCGGCAACGGAAAGCAAUCCGUGCUCACUCUUCGUCAUCUUCUUCUUCUCUGGACGCACGGCGUUCUAGUUGCAUUUCCUCUUCUAGUUUUGAAAAUCCACCCUUUCUGCAAAAUUUGUCGCCGUUCCAUUCUCUGAACGAGCAGCUUCCGCGUUUUUCCUCGAGUUGUGAUCGAUAUGAAAUUCGCUUUCAUAUCUCCGAUCGUGACAGUUAAUGUAGAUUCCUCUCGUUUGUACGGUUAAACCGCCGCCGCCGAACCAAACAUGCAGCAGGGUCUUCAAAGUCAACCAUAGCGGCCACCCCCAUCGUCAUUCAUUUCGUACCAAUAAAUAACAUGUAAUAUUAUAGGCGAUAAAUCGUAAGUUUCUGACUCACAUUUGACCAACUGACCCACUUUCUGUGUUCUACUGUUGCUUGCUUCCCCGAACGCUCCCGUUGACAUAUCCUCCGAACGAUGAACAAACAGAUCCCAACGGUAAGUCAAAAUCUCUGUUGCUCCAAAACGAAAGAAAGAACCGCUUGGUUCUUCUGAUCGAGGUCAUGACUGAAGAACUACGGUGGCCACUGCGAUUUUCUGGCAGGGCCGAUGUACUACAAAGGCGUCUACCACCUGUUCUACCAGUACAACCCCAAAGGCGCAGUCUGGGGGAACAUCGUCUGGGCCCACUCCGUCUCCACCGACCUGGUCAACUGGACCCCACUGGAGCCCGCCAUCUUCCCCUCCGAGCCCUUCGAUGUCAACGGGUGCUGGUCGGGCUCCGCCACCAUCCUCCCCGGAGACAAGCCGGUCAUCCUCUACACCGGCGUUGACUCGCUGAACCGACAGGUGCAAAACAUCGCCUUCCCGAAGAACCUCUCCGACCCCUUCCUCCGGGAAUGGGUCAAACCGGGCUACAACCCGGUCAUCGCCCCCGACGCCGGAGUCAACGCCAGCGCGUUCCGGGACCCGACGACGGCGUGGAUGACCGGCGACGGGCACUGGCACGUGGCGGUCGGCAGCAAGAGGGGUCAGCGGGGGACGGUGGUGCUCUACCGGAGCAGGGACUUCAUCGAUUGGGUCAAGGCCAAGCACCCGCUUCACUCCGCCGCCGGUACCGGGAUGUGGGAGUGCCCCGAUUUCUACCCGGUGGCGCUGCGGAGGAAGAACGGACUCGAUACCUCGGCGAGCGCCGGGUCUGUGAAGCACGUUCUGAAGGUGAGCCUGGAUGUGACCAGAUACGAUUACUACACGGUGGGGAAGUAUUACCCGGCGGCGGCGAGGUAUGUGCCGGACAGCGGGUCGGUGGACGACCGCACUGGGCUGAGGUACGACUACGGAAACUUUUACGCCUCAAAGACGUUCUUUGACCCGGCCAAGAAUAGGAGGAUCCUAUGGGGAUGGUCCAACGAGUCAGACAGCAGGUCCAGUGAUGUCGCCAAGGGAUGGGCGGGCGUUCAGGUGAUAACUUCAACUUUCUUCCCCUUCCUUCCGAUGGGCGCCUCCCACUGGCGCCGGGGAUCCGUCCGGUGAGUAACAGUGGCACCGCUGCAGACGAUUCCGAGGAGCGUCUGGCUCGACGAUGGAGGGGAGCAGCUUGUGCAGUGGCCGGUGGAGGAGCUGGAGACGCUCAGGGGCAAGGAAGUGAGAGCCCACAACGUGGUGCUGCGGAAAGGAAGGUACUUCGAAAUUAACGGGAUCCGCACCUCACAGGUUACUCUCUCUCCCUCUCUCUCUGAUCACAGUUUUUCUGUAUUUGAUGUUGGGUUUUCGGAUGGCAGACAGACGUGGAGAUGACGUUCGAGGUGAGGGGGCUGGAGAAGGCAGAGCGGCUAGACGCUGGCUGGACGGACGCGGAGUCGCUGUGCCGCUGGAAUGGCCCCGACGUACGAGGCGGCGUGGGGCCCUUCGGCCUCUGGGUUCUCGCUUCGGGGGACCUGAGGGAGCGCACUGCCGUCUUCUUCAGGGUGUUCCGGACGCCCCACAAGCACGUCGUUCUCAUGUGCCAUGAUCCCACCAGGUUGGACUGACUCUCUCUCUCUCUCUCUCUUGCUAAACUCCCAUCUUUUGCUCAUACUCUAUCUACUCAGGUCGACGACUGCAGCCGGCGUGUGGAAACCAUCGUUCGGAGGACUACUGAACGUGGACAUCAAGAAAGAUGGGAAGAUAUCUUUAAGGACCUUGGUAAAAACCCACCGGAAGAUCAAUUUACUUUCUCCUCUAAGAGCCCUAAUAUAUAUAUAUAUAUAUAUAUAUCCAUCUAUCUCGCCGCACGCAGAUCGACGCCUCUGUUGUUGAGAGCUUCGGCGGAGGAGGGAGAACCUGCAUCACGUCCAGGGUCUACCCCGUCCACGCAGUGGGAGACAACGCACACCUCCUCGCCUUCAACAACGGGGAGGCCACGGUGAAGGUCUCUCAGCUGCGGGCUUGGCAGAUGGGUUCACCCGCCAUGAACUGA